AAUCAAAACCAGAUGUCAGUCAUCUUGAACCUGGCCAGUGAGCUGCUGACUUCAACUCUUACUAGAGACAAGUCUGGACAACAGCAUGCAUUGCUCUCAUAAUCACAGGAUGCAGCGCACGACUUUGCCCGUUAGGUGUCGCCCAUCUCCUGCACCUGACGCAACAUCCACAGCUUCCCCUCGGCUCGCAGCCUCGGUCCUGGACCCACGGACCAAUCAGAGAGGAGCAGGGAGGGGCUGGGUUUGUCACUACAGAUACUCCAAGAAGUUUGCUCGGACCUGUCUCCUCCACCACUGCUGAAGCUGCUGCAGAAGCUACUGCAUCUAUGAGUCUCCACGUAAAUGAAUAGCCCCGGCUCGCGCCAGAUCAGGCGUGGCGACUAUGCCGAUGUAAGGAGCUCCGGGCUCCCGCUCCGUCCGACAAUGGCAUGCGACGGUUCUCCCCCGGAGGACUUCCCGCACAAAGUGAUGCCCGGAGCGGCUCCCUGCACGUGUAGUAAGAAGUGCAGGAGCCGCAGCGGCAGCCUGAUCUUCCUGGGAUUAUUCAUGCUGACACUAUCCCUGCCCGCCGUCACACUGUAUUUGGACCUGCGCUCCGAGGUGAAAAGGGAAAUAAUCCACCAGAAGCGGGACUCCAUGUUGACGCUCGCGGGCAGUGACCUGGCUGACCCGCCGCCGGUCCUCUCUCCUCCCGGACACCCAAGACAGGACUCUGGCAGCAGGGGAGGAGGAGAGAGUCGUGAGGAGAGGUUAAUGCACAGAAAUGGUGGUUUCCAUACCACCGAGGACAACAGGGGCAUAACCCAGCGGGCGAAAAGGAGUCCUGCCAAGCAGCCAGAUACAGAAUCAACAGGGAAGGAGAAAAGGAAAGAGAGGAAAAAAGGGAAGAAGAGGUCUAUACCUGGGCCUCCUGGUCCUCCUGGUCCCCCGGGCCCACAGGGCCCACCGGGAAUCCCUGGAAUACCCGGUAUUCCAGGAAACAUUGGCGUGGGGCCUGCAGGACCCCCUGGUCCUCCGGGGCCACAGGGACCCCCUGGCGCUCAAGGUCCAGCAGGGGUUCUGGACAGAACAAAAACAAAGGACUUCCAGCCGGCGGUGGUUCAUUUGCAAGGGCAGGAAACAACUAUCCAAGUGAGAGAAGAUCUCUCUGAAGGCAUUCUAAGGAACUGGAAGAUGGUGUCCAUCCACCACCGUGUGUUUAAAAUGCACCCGCGCUCUGGAGAGCUGGAGGUGCUGCUGGACGGUGUCUACUUCAUAUAUAGUCAGGUAGAAGUGUACUACCUCAACUUUACUGACAUCGCCAGCUACGAGGUGAUGGUGGACUCAAACCCUUUCCUUCGCUGCACUUGCAGCAUCGAGACGGGUCAGCGCAAGUUCAACACGUGCUACACGGCUGGAGUCAGCCUGCUGCGCGCAGGUCAGAGGAUCUCAAUACGUAUAGUUUAUGAGGACACACUCAUUAGUAUGACCAAUCACACCACGUUCCUGGGAAGUGUCAGACUUGGAGAGGCUCCAUCUGCUGGACAGAAUUGAUUACUACAGAGCCAUCAGGCCUCAGCAGAAAGAAUCUCUCCGGUCAAACCGGUUAAGAGUCGAACUGUCUUCUUGUCCUGCAGUAUCUGGCGUUCAUGAAUUGAUGGGAUCUUUUUUUCCUUUCUGGACCUGUUUGAAAGAAGUCCCUGAGUGACUGUUGUUCACUUUAACGGGAUCAACCAAAGACAUGUCAGGCUUCCUGUCACAUUGAGUCUGUGCAGAGGUCUGCCUGAUGAGCCAAGUGUCUUCAUCAGACAAAAAAAUAUUAUAUUUAUAGUCGCCACGUUGUGUCAAAGACAAAGACAAGACAGACAGCGUCUCUCUGUGUAACAAUAAAAGACACUGCGCUGAUAGAUACUUAAUCUGUACAAACCUUCCAGUGCUGUUGAAUGACAAUCUUGUAUCUCCAAAACAGAAACAAGCUAUUUGAACAUUUUAUGUGCAGACUUUUUACUUGCCCUGUUUAAAUAUUAAUUUAAAUAUAUUAUCAGUUGUAUGAGAAGGUGAUCAAAGCUUUAUGUGUCCCUCAAUUAUAGAAGUAAUUAAAGCAUAUAAAUGUUUAAAGUGUAAAGAGUAAAAGUCAUUAAAAGUGGAGUUACAAGGUAUUCACGGAGCAACAGCACUAUAUACUUUGCACACAUUUGCACUACAGCAUCCAUAUCAGUGAUAUGUUUUUGUUCCAGUGCUAUUGUUUAGAUACAUAUGAAUGAGUCCAUGUGGAAAAUUAUAAUUGUUUAUACUUCUCUGUACAUACUGUAUAUAAAAUGGGAUAUACUUUUGUAAAUGGAGUUGAUUGAUGGAUUAAAAUGUUUCAUUGUC